AUUGUUGAAAGUAUUGAUAGAAAUCUUAGAUUUCUUUAUUCACCAUUCCCUCCUAAUAGUUUGUGGCCAACAAUAAACUAUUCUCUAACAAGGGAAAAUGUUGAUAAUUUUAAUACUAUACUUGAUAGAGUUGAAGAACGGAUUGAUAGAUUAAAUGAAAGAGUUAAAUUUGUAGAAACAGAUGAUUCAGCUUUUAAUGAAGAGUUUCCUGGAAUAAUAGACUUUUUAUAUGAAGCAAGUGAAUUAUCUGAAAAUAGUGAAAAACAGUUUGAAAAGAGAUUUAUUAAACUUGCGCAAAAGUUGUGGGAUCUAGGCAUUUGUCCUUUGGAAUUUUAAGUCUUAUAUCAAUAUUUGUUAUAAGACUUGGUACUAUUGUGAAACAGAAAAAAAAACAAAACUUAUUUAAAGAAAUAAUAUUAAAUAAUUAUAUAACAAGAUGACCACUGACUUAAGAAACCUUUCCACUGCUGAAUUAAAAAUUUUUAAAAGAGAUAACCAACAAAAACUCAAGAAGGAGUAUUCAAAAUAUAGGAAAAAACAAAAGUUGAUUGCUGAUAUAAAGAAAAUUAAAAAAAGCAAGAGAAAAAUACAAUCCUGA